CGCUGAUUGUAUGAUUGUUGCUUGCGUCCGGGAUCUGACUAGCAUCGUUGAUAGUGAACUCCAGAUGUUAGAUAUCGUAUAAACUACAUAUGCCUCUACACGGUGUUUGCAGAUAUGGUCUUGGACUUCUCUUGGCAACAGGAUCAUUUCAGUGGGAAGAUGUCUCAGGUUGGAAAUGCAUCGUUGUUCCACAGGUGCUUCUCUGGCGACCUCACGGGGUACCAGACCGUGCCACUGGAUGGCAUUGAUCUCCAGAGCGCGCAGGAAGUGUACAGUGCCCUGUCAACUUGUUCCCCCAACCCGCGGCUUCUCAGUCGUAGCUUGUGUUGCCUGGUAUCGUCUACAGAAUCAUGGUGGUCAAAAUGUUUGGAUAUCCAAGUAAUCCCUCUCGUUACGUUUAUGAGAUUCACGCAUUGGAUGAGGCCUCGCGAAGUCAUACUGACAUUGGUCUUGACACGGGUUUCGGCACAUGUCUUCGUCCUCGGCAAACGAAAUAGCCUGAAACGCAGAGGGGCUUCCUUGAUGUCAGCGAGGUAUCCGUACAGAGCACACAGAGACAUGUGCGAAGUAUUCUUUCGCAAAUUCCGUGGACGCCAACUUUUAUGUGAUGUCAUGCGUUGCUGCAAAUCGUGUUGGCUAUCCGCUACCGACGAAAAAUGCACUGGAAUCCCAUAACGAAACAUUUAGGAUGGACGUAACCUUCCUCGUUGACACCACCCCGUUCUGGAUGGCAACGGUUGAAGUAAAUCGCCAGAGACGCGCAUAGAGAACGACGUCGCGAUAUAAUCAUGGUCGCAGUCUCCGUUUCGAGUGUCCCGGGAGAGGUUGGAAUUUCAUUUCGAGCUGCGGAUAAGGAAAGGGAGCUAAUUGUUGAAGGGCAUUGGCGUGAGGUGGGAUCAUGCGGUGGGUGGGCCCUCAGUGAUGAGGAGGUUUCUAGAGUUGGAAAAGAGAGAAGCAGCCAUGGAGAACUCCACUAUGGCAUAUACACCCUACAGCUUUCUUCGCCCCCUCCAUGUUUACUGACGACU